AAAAAUAAUUGCACAGAAAAAUUACAUCAUUUUGUUUAUUCUAUUUUAUUAUUAAUAACAGGUAAAAGAAUUAAUGCAACAAAUUGAAAAUGAUUGGAAUACUUUGAAAGAUAAUAACGAGCUUCAAAUAAUAUUUCGAUAUGCAAAAGUGGCAAAGCUACUCACUACAAGUUUAGCAACCUUGAUUUAUCUAAGUAUAUUCGCAGUUAUUUGUAAUCAACAUGUGCCAAGUUUUCUUGAUAUUAAAGCACCAUUAAACAGAUCUCAGCAAAACGAAUUAUUAUUUCAAGUUGAAUAUUUUCUCGAUCGUGAUAAAUAUUAUCACACGAUUCAAUUACACUUAGAUAUAGGGCUUAUCAUUGCAGCAAUGACAAUCUUAUCGACUGAAUCAUUUUGUUUAAUACUUGCUAUACACGCAUUUGGACUGUUUAAAAUAGCUAGUUAUCGUAUGGAACAUAUAAUCGAUAAAAGUGUGCCGAAUGCAUUUAUGAAAAAACAUUGCGUCUGUCAGGCUAAUAUAGUAACUGCUGUAAAUAGUCACAGGAGAGCAAUCGAAUUUUCCGAAAUUGUCAAAUCAACUUUUGCAAUACCUUAUUUAGCUUUAAUAUUACUUGGAGUGACUUCAUCGAGCGUAAAUCUAUUUCUGUUGUUUCAAGUCAUAAUGUCGGCGAGCACAAUAGAUGAUUUAAUAAAAUCUGUCAUAUAUGUCUUUUGUCAUUUCGUCUAUAUGUUCUCGACUAAUUAUGCUGGACAGAAGUUUAUAGAUCACGACGUUGAUGUCUACAACAAGAUAUGCAACAUACAAUGGUACAAUGCGCCGCUGAGGACACAAAAACAAAUACUAUUUAUCAUGCAGAAAGCCAUAAAAAAUUAUCACAUGGAUGUCGGUGGUUUAUACAGUCCAUCAUUGGAAGGUUUUACAGCGCUUAUGAGUGCGUCACUCUCUUAUUUUACUGUACUCUGUUCAGUACGAAAUAGUAAUAAUUUAUCACAAUGAUUUACUUACUAAGGUAGCGAAUUUCUGUACUGUUUUAAAACAAGUGUUGAGAUAGCAAAGGAUAAUGUUAUAUCUUAUGUAUCUUAGUUUUCUUAGUAUAUCUGUCUAACAUACGUAUCUAUUUAUUUUUGCGUAUAAUGCUAUGAUAUUUAUUCUUUAAUGGCAUAUACAGUGUGUCCUAAAACAUACGGGUCAGCGCUCGUAAAAGGGUAGAAGGAGUCGGGAUGAACAAAAAA